AUGCCUGCCACCGCUCGCGAGCAAUACCGAGUGACCAACCCCAUUUUGACGGACGACGGCCACGUCCUCUGUGCUAGUUGGUGGGCAUCCUACACCCGAUUACAGCCGGGCAGUGCCAGCGGCACGCAGUCUGUUGAAGCCUACCAUGCCUCAGGAGUACGGACGGCGCUAGUGGCCACCCUCGACAAGCAAGCGGCCUCCCGCAAUAGACCUGCAGAGCUUCGUCGUCUGGCCCCGCUGCCGUUUUUCCAAGCCCUACAAGAAGCCGUCACUGCCAUCGGCCAACAAGUGCUGAAACGCCCACCGCAUUCACUCAUCGACCUGCCCGAUAGAGAAGACCCGGUGGUGCGAUCUGAUUCACGUUUAGCACUCGUGGGCAGAUCCACUGCUGCCGAGCUUUUCAAACGCCGAGACCAGAUUCGGGCGGUGAGUCUAGCGCCGGACAGCACGGCCUUUGUCUUACGCCGCUCACUGUUACGGUGGGAUCCGGACGAGACAUUGCCAGCAAAAGGCACGUACCAUGCACUGCCGCUGGCUGAAACCGCUAUCGCAGUCGCCGACGCGCAAGAUUGCGCUCGCAUGGCGACGGAGACAGAUGGACACGCCUUGAUGCAGGUAUGGCAACGCCGCAAGAUUGUUAGCGGUCGUGUGACUAGUACGUAUGCGUUGAACCUGCAACAAUGGAUGCAUUUCCGCUAUGAUAUAGUUGUGGUCUUGUCCGGCGCGGCAGCUUCUAGUUUGUGGUCUAUCCCUUUGCAUCGUUGCCUCUGCCCCUGCUUGCCCUUCGCACUUGGCGCAACCUGCGAGCACGCGCGGGUUGUGACGUCCAUCAUUGCCAAUGACCGCUCUCUGGAAGUUGUUGCCGAAACGAGGGUGGGCCGGCCGCUUUCUGUCAGCUACAGCGCGUCUCGCGGCGCCACUUCCGGACAACUGUUUCAAGCAGCUCGUUCCGCCGAGCACACUCGAGCAUCCCAGGCCGCACUCGCCAGUCAGCGUUCGCCUUUUCCGCCCACAAUCAGUGUGAGAGUUCAGCGACGUGCUUGCGCUCUGACGAGGCAGCACGCCGCGUGCCUCCAAUUCUCAACGAAAGUCCAGAGCCAUCAGCGGCCAGCAGAGGGCCGACUGAAUACCACACGGACUUCGCCAAGGUCCAGGCCAUCGAGGGCGACCACACCAUGCCGCCGCAGGUGA